GGGAAAAAUAUCGAGUAUAAAAGCUGGAAGAAGGUUUGGUAGACUCACAAUCGUUUUCAGCAGCUUCUAGCUCUCUUGGAUAUAUUUUCGUUAGCGCCUGUUGUUGGAAUAACUAACUUUUAAACAUGAAUGGAAUGGUUGCAAUUGUCUGCCUUGUCAGCCUUUUUUGUGCAGCAGCAAGUGCUGGACCCGUUUUACCAUAUGGAUAUGGCGCUUACCUUGGAGGAUAUGCUCCAUACAGAUCUUAUCCUUAUGCUGUAGCUCCAGUUGCUGCUGCACCUAUUGGUCCCGCACCCGUCGCUGCUGCUCCUGUUGCAGCCCCAGCUCCUGUUGCUGCAGCUCCUGUAGCAGCCGCUGCCGUAGUACCUGAUUAUUACACCUACGCAACAGCUGCUGCUCUUGGAUACCCUGCUGCCGCUGCUACUUUAGGAUACCCAUACGUUGGAGCAUAUUCAAGAUACCCAUACGCCAGACCAUAUGGAGCUUAUGGAGCUUACGCCACCUACCCAUACUACAAGAAAUGAAUACUAAAUCAGCAAUUUAAGGAUACAUACGUCUGAUCUCAGAUUCACUUUCAGGGAUUUGGAUAGUUUUUAUACAGGUUUUCUACAAGUUAUUUCAGAGCGCUGAUGAACAAUUUUCUGCAAAUUGCACAGAUUUGUGAUAAAUUGUUACUAAAAGCUGUAAGUGAACUGGGAUCAAAUAAAGGAUAAUUUCAUAGCUUUA